AUGGCUGUAGAGACACAGACGAUGCCGGCCGCGAACGGCCACCUUGGUAACGGCGACGUAGAGAUGGGCGGGCUGAAGGACAGCGUGGUGCGCUUUGCGAGCGGUAUGAUCCUCCCCCCUCCGGAGAUAAAAUCGGUUAUUGACAGGACCGCCGCGUUUGUUGCGCGCUCUGCGAACCCCCCUCAGUUUGAGGACAAAAUCCGGGAAAACCAGCGUAAUGACCCCAAGUUCUCGUUUCUCAAUCCCAUGGACCCAUACCAUGCUUAUUACAGAAAUCGAAUGGAGAAGGUCCAGAGGGGGGAGGAGGACGAGGCGCCCGCGGCCGCUGCUGAAGACAAGCCGGCCGAGAAGGCGGAGGAGAAGGUCGUCGACCUGGGUGAGGAGCCACCGCAGCCCGAGUUCAUACUCGACUUGCCGAACGUCACUGCCAUCGAUCUAGAUAUCAUGAAGUUGACGGCGCUCUUUACGGCUCGUCGUGGACGCAACUUCCUCGCUGCCUUGUCCGCUCGCGAAGGUCGGAACUAUCAAUUUGACUUCCUCCGACCUACGCAUUCUCUGUUCGGGUACUUCAAUCGGCUCGUAGAGCAGUACACUAAGGUGCUCUAUCCAACGAAGGAGACCGUGGACAGCAUCUCCGCCCGUGCUCAGGAUGGAGCCAAGUGGAGGAUGCUCGAGCAGGCAAAACGCUACGCAAAGUGGGAGCAGAAUAAACGGGAGAAAGAGAAGAAGCGAGAGGAUGACCAGGAGGCUGAAAGGAUUGCUUUUGCCGAGAUUGAUUGGCAUGACUACGCCAUUGUGCAGACCAUAGAGUUCACAGCGGCCGACGCUAAUGCGGAGCUGCCGCCGCCCAUGAGCGUCCAGGAGGUCGAGAGCAUGACUCUCGCGCAGAAGAGGAUGGCUGCGAUGAUCAUGGAGACGACCGCGGAGGAUGUCGAAGCGCACCGCGCCAGACAGGCCGCGGCCGAGGCUGAAGCAGCCGCGGCAGUGGGCCAAGCAGGCGCCGGUGCGGCUGGGGACGAAGACGCGAUGCAAAUGGACGAGAGUGACGACGAGGACGAGGAGAUCCGGGUGAGGAAGAAACGAGAGGAAGAGGAAAGACGCAGGGAGGAGGAGCGUGCUAGGGCUAUUCAGGCCAGCUCACUGGAGGCGGGCGCACCUAUGAAGAUCAGAACCGACUAUGUCCCCAAAGUUGGUGCCAAGGGCAAGCAGCAGACCACCACUACAUGUUCCAUUUGCGGGCAGCAAAUCCCGGUCGAUGAGCUGCAAGAGCACAUGCGUAUUGAGCUCCUGGAUCCUCGAUGGAAGGAACAGCGUAACGCUCUCGAAGCUCGCAAGGCGCAAGCCUCGGAACUGCAGAAGGGUGCCAACGUCGCCGCGUCGAUCAAGAACCUGGCACGCACGCGGCCGGAUAUCUUUGGUGCGGAAGAGGACGAGGAGCGGCGGAAGAGGGAGGAAGAGGAGGAGAGGCAGCGGCGGCGCGCGAGGGAGAAGGUUGUCUGGGACGGUCACACUGCCUCCAAGGCCAGCACGCAAGACAAGUUCUCGACAAAUGUCAAUUUCGAGGAGCAGAUCGCGGCUAUCUACCGGGCCAAGGGUCUUGGACCGCAAGAAGCUGGUGCUAUCGGGCCUGGUAUUGGACCUGCAGCAGCCCCGCCACCGCCCAUGGCCGGGCUGCCCCCCGCGCCGGUGCCCAUGCCAGCACCACCGCAGCAAGCCCCCGGUGGCGGCCCUGCCCCCGCGGCUUACACCGCGGCGACGAUAUCCUCAGGCCCUCAACCGGCGUCCCUGACCCCGGCGCCUGCGGCACCUGUCAUGCUCCCCCCGCUGCACUACCAGGGUCUCGGCGCGCAGCAGCCAUUUGGGUUCUCGCCUCCGCCGCCCCCGAUGGGGAUGGCGAUGUCGCCACAGGCCGGGAUGGUGCGUACCGCGGACCAGAUGGAGGGCGGGGCGCCGGACGAUGUGCCGCCUGCGAAGAGACAGCGGGUGGCCAAGUUGCCUGGUGGGGCGCUCUACCCCGAGGCAGACUGGCUCGCCAUGCAUCCUUAUCCCAUUUCAUUGCAAGUGCAGCUGCCGAACGACCCGUCGAAGCCUGAGUGGAAGUUGGACGGGACGGUGAUUACGAUUCCCGAGCUGCCACUCAGUCUGCUGGUGUCGACGCUGCGUGACCGGAUUCUGCAGCACACGGGGAGUAGUGUGGGGGCGUCGAAGAUUCGGUUGUCGCAUGCUGGGAAGAUGUUGACGAACCAGAAUACACUGGCGAGCUACAACCUGGAGGACGAGGACCUCGUGAUUUUGAGCGUUAGGGAUGUCAAGAAGAAGUGAGGGAGGGUUGUCGGUGUGUUCGGUGUAUGUUAUUCUCAGUGUGCUCUGUUCUCCAAUAUCAAUCUUCCGGGACGUGCGUAAAUGAGAUAGGCGGCAACGUGUUACAUGAUACAUUGGCAUGGGUCAAGGAUAUACAGCGAGAAUAACCCUUGCUACAAUACAUGAAUGUCAAAGGUACUGUACAAGUAAGUGAAACAACUGCUUGCUUCGGGAGUAUAAGUUAGGUGAUGCGCGGUGAUUUACAGUGUCCGAUUUCCCCCAAUAACCCUUGAAUGAUGAAAGUCUUGUCGAUGAUGCUCCCCUGCUCUGCUAAUGUGCUUCG